CCCGCAAAAACUACAUUUCGUUAAAUUGUUUCUAAAACGAACCAAUCGUCGUCUUCAGCCCAACCAAGGGUUUUGACGCUAGAAUCUCGAAUCAGAAAUGGCAGCAAUUAGAAACACUUCGAGAUUGAUUUCAGGAACUGUGCGCUAUUGUCUCACUGAGUCUUCAUCUUCGUCAGUGGCGAGGAACGUUAUCCGGUCUGGCUCACGUGCUAUUAGCUCUUUUCCUGCUCGGUGCGCUGCGGCGUCAGAUGCGAGCCACCUCGAGAAGAAGAUACCGCGACGGCGGCUUGGGCAUGUUUACAAGUUCCUUCUCCAAGAGGAAGGGGAAUCCUUCUCGAAUAAAGAAAAUAUUCCUAAGAUCGCUCUAAAGCAUGUUUCUGUGAGCUUUACUGGACAAGGUGAAUCCACUAGCAAGGUUCAACCUACUACAGAAGCUAAAACCAAGCCUCGUAAAAAGGGUGGGAAUCAGAAUCAGAAUCAAAAUGCAAGCGCAGCAAACAAGGGUCGCAUAAGGAGUAUUAACACAGCUGGCACCAAGGUUAUUAUGAGGUUUGAUGUCCAAAAUGCAGAUUGGUUGAGUGAAAGAGUCAGGGAGAGGAUCAUGCUAAUGGAAAAAGAUAGGAUCAAUAGAGAUGGGAAGCUUGAGCUUACCUCAUCAAAGACUAGAAAACAGGAGAAUAACUACGAAGAGGUUGUUAAAAAGAUGAACAAGCUACUAGAAAAAUUUCAGGCUAUUAUUAAUGCUGCUUCAUAUGCACCACUACCUACUCCAAAGAAGGUGGUGGAAAAGAUUGCCAACUUCCGGGCUGAGAGAGCGGACUGCUGAAGUGCACCAGAGAAAUAUGUUUCUGUGUUUUGAUGUGGUAACAUAUGGAUGACAAGCUAAUAUUAUUGUAGGGUAUACGUUUUUACGGCCUCAAGUUACUACAUUGUGGAAAUUGGCGCGGCAUUUGGUUUUCGAACUUGUGAAUUUCAGGGUUUUGAUAAGCCCCAAUUUUCAACCGAUAUACCUAGUUGAUUUUAUUGGGUUGGACAAGAAUAUGGUCUGUUCACUUGUGCAAACAUAUGGUUUUGCUUUGGAUAAUUGUUUUUGCAGAAAAUAAGUCAUUUUCUUUUGAUUCCUCUAUUGGUACAUCAAAUUUUGGAUA